AUGUGACCAAAACAUACUCCAACCUAACCCAAUCAAACCCCUCCACGAAGUGUAACGCCCAAGCGCCCAUUCACACCGGAUCUCUCCCCCUCACUCUUUCCCCAACCUCUCUCUCUCAUUAUUCAUUUCUGGAAGAUCUGCAACUCCCACAAAUCUGAGUCUUUAGAAAAGCAAAAAAAGCGCGAUGAGCGAGCCAAUUGAGCCCUCAACGUCGUCGUCGUCUUCGACCAAAGACCCCGCCUUUCUGAUUCACCCUCGGCGCGAGCCAUUCGAGCAUGGCUUGCUCUCCAUCCCCAAGCUCAUCUUCGCCGACCCCACGCAAACCCUAGUCCCUCUCAAGCACAAGCUAAUCGAGCAAUCGCCGAGCCACCGGGUCAACGCCGCAGCGAUCUCCGAGUCCCUGCAGAUCUCCAUUGAUCUCGCCAGGCUCGUGCUCGAUACCCUAGCCUCGGUGCUUCAUUUGGAGUCGGACCCGCUCGUCCAGGCCAAGCCCGACGGGGUGGAUGAGGUCGGAGCCGAUGUGCAUGAUCUGGUUUUGUUCCUCUAUAUUCAGUCCUACAAGAAAUUGCUGCCCAGAACGCACAAGGAUUCCGCCGCCGUUGCCGAUGUUUGGCCGUCGACGUCGGCUUUCGACGGAUACUUGUCGGCUUUGUCGCCGUUGCAGCUUGUGCGGAGCAAUAGCCGUCGGUUUGUGCCAUCACAGGCUGAUGAAGAGGCCCAUCAGUUAUCAUAUCUGCAAAAGCAUUUGGGUAACCUGGUCUCACUGUUAGCUGAACCUGUGGAGGGGGAAGGCGAAGAAUCUCUGGUUUUAACCAUGGAAAGGUUAGAGCACCUUGGGUUUCUGAUUCAAUUUGGCGAUAAAGGAUCUGAAAGUGGUCACUUGAGCCAAUAUGCUCCUUUCUUUGCAAAUUCAGAUCCUGAUAUGCCUGCUGUUCCUGUUCCUGCCGCACAAGUUCACGAGUGGAUUUUAAAUAAUAUAGCUUCUGCUCUGGAAAAUAUUUCUGAAAGAAUUUCUCCUAAAGAAAAUGGCCUGCCCAGUUCCUCAGAUCAAGAUGUUCCCAUGGCUGAUGCCUGCACGAGUUCUACCAAGGGCUCGACAUGUGUUAGAGGUUCAAGUUUUAUCGAAGGAAUCUCUAAAUCAUCACUUGUAAGGCAUGCAUCUGAUCUUAAAGGUCCUUCUGUAAAGGUUUUAAACUGCCAUGAUUCAGUGAUCUAUAUAUUAGCACCUCUGAGAUAUGCCACAGUCUAUGGAUGCUCUGAUGCUACAAUUGUCCUUGGAGCUGUUGGAAAGGCCGUAAGAAUUGAACACUGUGAGCGAGUUCAUGUGAUCACAGCAGCAAAUCGAAUCUGCAUUGCUAACUGCCGCGAAUGCAUGUUUUUUCUCGGGGUAAACCAACGACCACUUAUUGUUGGGGAUAACCAUAAGCUGCAGGUGGCACCAUAUAAUACAUUUUACAGUCAGUUGGAGGAGCACUUGAGUGAAGUUGGCAUUGAUGCUACUAUCAAUAGAUGGAAUGAACCCCUGCCUCUCGGAGCGGUUGAUCCACAUGAUUCACUAUCUCAUCCAGCAGGUGUCUCUGAUGCUCAGGCUGAGUCUGCUACUCGCGUAGACCCUGACCAGUUCACAACCUUUUUGAUUCCAAACUGGUGUGGAGGUGAACCACAUGGCUCCACAAAGGUCAACCCAUUUCCAUUACCAGAGGCUUAUGUGGAAUCUCAAGACAGAAAUCAGAAGAAUUUAGGGGAGGUAAAGCAAUUAUUGAGAGAAGCACCCCUUGAGGACAAUAGAAAACGGGAAUUAUCAACUGCUCUUCACGUAUAUUUUAAAGACUGGUUGUAUGCUUCUGGAAACAUACGACAGCUUUACUGCCUACAAGGAGAGUAAUAUUUGCUUCAUAUGCUGUGGAACUACUAAGAUCCCUUUAUCAUAAUCAUCUUGCCAUCUGUGAUGGUGCUACAGGCAGCUCAGAAUCAACCCUCUGUACGUUGGAGUGAUACAUGGCAGAAUUAUGCAGUGAUACGGUGCACAGGAUGGAAUUAGAAUUACAUUUGCUAAUCUCAUUGUAAUAUUUUUUUGGGAAAAAAUAAUCUUACUGUAAUAUUUUGUUAACCUAGGUUCACAGCCUUGUGAAUUUUCCUUUUUAUUUUCUUGUGGGUCUAAAAUACUGGAUCUCUAACCGUUGAGUUUUUGUUUUCGCUGCGAGGUAUUCAUAGCUUGUCUUUAGAGUGAUUUAGUUAUUUUAUUAAAAUUUACUUGGAAUA